AGAGACAAUCAACCAGGGAUCUGUCGCACGUCAAGCCAGCAUAGCUAGAAUCUGUUUCUCUCGUGCUUCUAUUUUUUUUUCUUUCACUGAGAUUUGACAGCAGAAACGUUUUACAAACCAAAGCACCCAAGUUGUCUGUCAUGUAUAUAUAUACACACAUACCCCUACCUGACCAGCUAGCUAUAGCUACUAUUGCAAAAAUUGAUUCGAUACUGCAUUUCAUUCAGAUCGAUCAGUGUGCUCACUUGCUGCUGGGUGCGUAUCUUCAACUUCUUCAGCGCAACUUUGUACCGUCUUGAUCAAGUUGCGGGAGGACAUCAACAUGUCCUUGGAUGUCGCCGGUGCCGAGAAGAAGAAGGUGUUACUGGCGGAGGGGCUGCUGCUCCCGGCUAGCAUGGUGCUGGUGCAGGCCUUCACCAUGGGCGCCCUCCUCCUGUCCAAGCUAGCCUUCAACGUCGGCAUGGCGCCUUUCGUCCUCCUCGCCUACCGCAACCUCAUUGGCUCCAUGACCGUCGCCCCCUUCGCCUUCUACUUCGAGAGGUCAAAUUUGCGUUGCGUGUACAAUAAAGUAUUUUCAGCUGACAACACAGAUUGUUCAAUUUUAGACUUGAGGGAGAUGAUGAAAAAGGUGAACAUGAAGAUAUUUGGCUGGAUCUCCUUAACCGCUUUGUUCGGAAUCGUGCUAGCAAUGGGACUGCACUACUACGGUCUGCGCGCCACCAACGCGGGAUACUCUGUCGAUUUCCUUAAUCUGAUCCCUGUUGUCACCUUUGUCACUGCUGUAAUACUCCGAGUGGAGAAGCUGAGGAUAGGGACAUGCCCGGGCAAGAUGAAGGUCCUCGGCACAGCGAUUUGCGUGGGAGGGACGAUGGUGAUCAGCAUGUACAAAGGCAAGCUGCUGCAUCUAUGGCCUACCCACCUACUGAAACCGCACCUGCAGGCGAUCGGCGCAGUCUCUCCCGUCCGAAACCACCACAGCAUGCUCCUUGGCACGCUGUUCCUUGCCGGCAGCACGCUCAGCUACGCCUUCUGGUUCAUCAUACAGGUACGAGUGUCCAAGGAGUUUCCGUCCAAGUACUUUUCGACAAUGCUAGCUUGCAUGUCAGGGACCGUGCAGGCGGCGGUGUUCGGACUUGUGCUAGACAGGGAUCUAUCGGCAUGGGCGCUCAAGUGGGACCUGCAGCUACUCGUCGUCGUCUACUCGGGUGUCUUCAACACCGGAGUCAGCUUCUGCUUGAUCUCGUGGGCUAUCGCUCGUCGUGGGCCCACCUACCCUUCCAUGUUCAACUCGUUGUCGCUGGUAGUCACCACGGUUCUUGAUUCAGUGUUGCUUGGCACGGAUGUCUCAGUGGGGAGCUUGCUUGGAGCGAUGCUGAUCAUCCUAGGGUUGUACGCGUUCCUCUGGGGGAAAGGAAAGGAGGCACAAGAGCAGCGCAAACAAAUCAGGGCCGCGACGAGCGGAGAUCAGAAUGGGUGCCCUCCGGCAGUGGCGGGUAAUGGCGUGGAUAGCCUGCAGGUUGGGAAGCACGAGGUGCGAAUUCGCGUGGAAGUCAGCUAGCGAGCUAAUUAGAAACUCUAAGAGCACCUCCAGUCAUUGGGCUCCCAUGCCGAAAUCCGACGCUAAAUAGCUAAAUAGCGCGGAUGGAUGUAAGUUUCGGCACAGGGUGGCUCAGUUUCUCAGCGGCGAGCCUAAGUGAAUGUAGGCGAAACGAGGAAUUCAAACGGAACAUGACGAAAAUCGUUCAAACUUAGCCUAAAA